CUCGAUUUCAAUCCGGCGGGUCUAAACCAAUUCCACUCGCAGAACAAGACAAACAAAACAAACGCAUCCAAGUGGAGUUGAAAAAGUGCAGCUUGGCGAUUGUUUUGAAUUGUACACAGCACCUAAAGCAAAAUUGGCAGCAAAGAUGACGAAGCGCAAUAUGUGGGCUUACGACGAAACACUCGAGAUGUUAAACAUAAUGCUCGAGCAAGAAAGUCUGAAAGCUAUGAACGGUAGACCGUUUCGCAAAGACAAAGCUUUCCGUUUGGUAUGUGAGGAAAUGAUACAGCGUGGCUACAACACCAAAGAUCCAAAACAGAUAGAAAACCGAUGGAAGAAUCUGAAGAAACGAUACGUGGACCUGCAAAAGAAUUCUGAUCUGGGCGAAAUUAAUCAAUUUCAAUACUAUGAUGAGAUCGAUGUCUUGAUGAAAGGAAAACCACCAGCCACAGAGUCAAAACUAUACGAAUUAACCAUCGCAAGAGUUGAAUCGAAACAAAACUUAGCCACAGAGGAUGUGCUUACCAAGACGACUUCGUCCCCGAUUCCGGAGGAUUCCGGGGAUGAUAGCGUAAGAAGUGAGGAGAACGAUCGAAAGACUGCGUUAGAUUCGAAACCACAAUCUGCUAAAUGUAUCCCAAGACGUUCCCAGCGCAGUAGAAAGCGUCCAACGUAUCUAAGCGACCUAAGCGAGACACCAAAGACAAUUGUACCACCAUGCAGAAUAACUACAGAAGAAGAAGCGUAUCGAAAUCAGAAAAAAUUAAUCGAUUAUCAGUUCGGACUAUACAGCAAAGCGCAGGAGGAGUCGGAUCAAAAGUUUCUAAACAUGAGUCGACAGAUGCUAGACGAAUGCAAUGAAAGGUUUCAAUCGUUCUUAGACAAGCUUGUAUCAGGCGGAGCAAGUACGUCGGGAUCGUAAUACUCGAAAAUAUGAAAUGGUCUGCACAGCUAAAGUUUAAGUAACAAGAAGCUAGGCCAGUCAGAAAGUAAAGCAAAGGCAAGAACAAUACGCCUCCUACACGCAGGACUGAUUGUUUAGCGAUAGCAAAUUCGUUUUUAUGAACCCGCCAUGUGGCAAUGCUGUCCACAAAUUUUGUUCUUCUAAAUCAU